GAUGCUCUUUCCAUGUGAGGACGCUAGGUGACGCGCUGACUGCACACCUCUUCCGCCUCCUCCUCCACAACCAUCGGGCUCCCUCAUUCCAGCAGCAUGAAGGGGCUUCACCAACGUCUGAACUUGUAUAUAGAUAGCAAUGAAACGUACAUCUUCGUCCCGGUCGAACCUAUCGGCGCACGCUCGUUGGUCAUUUACAGGAAUUCUGGAGGGCUUGUUCUUAAGCCACCAAACUCUCCCCUUCCGCCCACGGCCGAACGCUCCGGAAAGACAAUAUAUGGCAUCGUUGGAAUGGUCUCCUUAGUUGCUUCUGAGUAUAUCAUCAUCUUGACCGGCCGCGAGCUGAAGGGACAGUUCAUGGGUCAUAACAUAUACCGAGCCACGGACUUUGAUAUUCUUCCUCUAAAUCCUGACGUAUCCACUACAAACCCACCUCAUCUUGUCGAAGCCCAUUUGCUCGCUCUUGUUCGCACACAUCUCUAUGCAGGCUAUUUCUUAUUCAGCUAUGGGUGGGACUUGACACGCAGACUGCAAGUGCAAUGGUCGUCGCAUCAGCAGGACGAGGGGAAAGCCAUGUGGGAAGUGGCUGAUGAUAGGUUCUUCUGGAAUAAAUACCUCCACAGUAGAUUCAUAGAUGUCACCAAUUCUAAACCUGAUCACAAUCUCAGUCCUUAUAUUCUUCCUAUAAUGUUUGGAUCAUUCGACAUCCGUCCAGCACGUGUGAAUGGUCACUACCUCAAAUUCUGCCUCAUCAGUCGACGGUCUCGAUACCGAGCUGGUACCAGAUAUUUCCGUCGUGGCAUUGAUCAUGACGGACAUGUUGCAAACUUCAACGAGACCGAACAGAUCUUGCUCGUUGAUACACCGAACUCGGGCAUAGGCGCGGACGGCGGUGGUGUUCAGCUGAGCUUCGUCCAGAUUCGAGGAAGCGUGCCUUUAUUCUGGGCGGAGGUCAAUAACCUCAGAUAUAAGCCUGAUGUCGUCAUCAUGGAGUUGCACGAUGCGAUCCAUGCGAUGCGUAAACAUCUGGAAGCGCAAAUUUUGCAGUAUGGAGGGCAAAGUCUUAUCAAUCUAGUCAACCAUAAGGGUCACGAAGCACCUGUCAAGGAGGCCUAUGAACAGAAAGUAGCAGAGCUCAACUUGCCUAAUGUCCGAUACGAGUACUUUGACUUCCAUAAUGAAUGCAAGAAACUGCGCUGGGACCGGAUUAGCGUCCUCAUUGAGAAGGUUGAACAAGACCUCGUUCAAUACGGCUACUUCCAUCUCGAUUCAUCACGAGACGAACCAGUCAAGUUGCAAACUGGAAUUGUACGGACGAAUUGCAUGGAUAACCUUGACCGCACCAACGUCGCCCAAGCAGCUAUCGCCAAAUGGACGCUUAACCGACAACUGCAGGCUCUUGGCAUUCUGCAAGAGAAUGAUACCAUAGAUAACUACGAGGAUAUCAGUAAAGACUUCAGAGAGAUGUGGGCCGAUCACGCGAACCUUAUCUCCCUUGCUUAUGCUGGCACUGGAGCUCUGAAGACUGAGUAUACCAGGACGGGGAAACUGACUGCUAUGGGACAAGUGGAGGAUGGAUACAAGUCGGUCAUGCGAUGGUUGAAGAAUAACUUUUUUGACGGUGCAAGACAGGAUGCGUAUGACUUGAUGACUGGUGCUUGGGUACCACGAAGGAAUUGGACGCCCUCAUCUCUUGUUACAGACCGUCGUCCACUCGUCAUCCGCGCUAUGCCAUACCUUCUGUGGUUCUCCGUCUUCAUGGUCUUCGCGGGUUUAACAUUACCCCGCUCGUCUGGUGCGCUCCUAACCCCACUGCUACCACGCGACAGUUCCUACUUACUCCCCUACAUCACAGAUUACUCCCUCCUUUACUACUUCGUUUUCUGGUUCACACUACUUUCCGUGGCCUUACUAUUCAUCUUCCUGCACGGCAUUGACUAUGUCAACUGGCCUCGUCUCACGCCUCUCGACGAGAUAAUCCACUACGAUGGUCCCGGAUUCCGUGCAGCAUGGAAAGGCAAUGGUUUCGGUAUACCUUCGAUUGAUGUGAGGGUGAAGCGGUUGGGUUCGAAUCAUAGAAAGUUGAAGAGUAAGUUGGAUGAGAUUGAGAUGGGUUCAAAGAUACGGGUAGACUGAAUACAUAGUUGUGGUGGUGUUUGUCUUUUAUGUGUUCUAUUUAUGUUACACACGAUAGUCUUUCCGGAGCUUCAUUUUGCACAUCUUUGCUAUCCUCGAGUCGUCAUCAACGUUAGUUUUGACAAUCGCUUGGCGA